UUUUCAGCCUUUAGAUUUCUUGUUUUAGAAAAUGGAUGGUGUGAUUUAGUUGUUGGGUUUAUUGGGUGUGAAAGUACGGUUAUGGCCUUAGGGACCCCUUAGUAACCGGUGACCUUUUCUUUGUGUUUGAUCGGUGAUUUUUCCCGUUUAGCCAUUCUUCUCCUUUGAAAAGCUAAAGUCCCUCCAAAACCAAAUCAUAAGUUUGGAAGGAAAAUUUCCUCUCAUUUAGUCCAUUAGUCUCCUUGACGAAUUCGGGCUAGUUUUUUUUGUUUGGAGUAGUGAGGAUUUGGAUUGAGUUUGGUAAAAUUUGCUACUAAUUUGGAGGUGUUUGAUUCUACAUGCACUGUUGCUUGCGUUGAGUUUGAAGGACCGAGUGGCCAAGCAUAAAUCCUUGCAUCUUUGUGUCGAGUUCUUCGGGUUAGUUUGGACUGAUUAAAAUAAUUAAAAAAUGGCUGAAGCAAAGAAGUUAGAUUAUAGAUGCUCACCUCGUAGGGUAUUUUCUGUUAUUUCCAAACUCAAUGGGGAUCAAAAGGAGGUAGUGAAACAAAUGGGAUUUGGGGCACUUUUGGGGAUGAAAGAUUGUGUCGUAAGAAGGAAUCUAGUGACAUGGUUGUUUUCUCGGUUCAACACCCAGGACGGGUCUUUAGAGGUUCAUGGGAAACAAUUUAAAUUGAACAGUCAAAUAUUUGGUGCUACAAUUGGUGUUAAGGAUGGUGUUGAAAAUUUAUUUCAUGGUAGCAAGAAGAAGCAUUCGAAAAAGAAGGUUGAAAGCACUGCUGUGCAAGUUCUAGAGGAGAAAUUGAUAACAGGUCAAUCGGCGGACAUGUCCUUCAUUCGAGACUUCUUGCUCUUUAUUGUCUCUGUAUUCUUGAUGCCUAAUACGUCUGUAAAUGUUGCUCGUGAAGUGGAGGAUCCUAUAAAGGCCAUAAAUGACAUUGCAGCGGUUUGUCGUGUUAACUGGGCAUCACUGUCGUACAAUUAUCUAUGGAAGGCCCUUCGACGGCAUCAGAAAAACGAAGGCAUGUUUUUAUUUUACUGUCAUCACGUUGUUUGGAAGGAAGGAUAUGUUGAUAGAUCCCUCUGCCCUUUAAAUGUGUGGUCUGACGAUGAUUUCAAGGCUAUACUGGAUUGGGUACAGGAGCAUGGGGGGUUUGAAUCAAAUAAAAUUCCAAUGAUAGAGUUGCAGGACGGUGCUGCAGCAUCGAAGAUGCCUGCCACGCUCGCCUCUUUGUGUGAUAAGGUUGAAUCGAUUGAGAACAAAAUGAUUGAAAAGGAAAUAGAAAUGGUAAAAUUUCAUGAGGAUUUGAAGUUGCAAAUGGCCAAGGAAUUCAAACGAUUACGUAGGAGUUUGAGCGGCGGAAUUAGUUCAAGGGUGCGUGGUGGUGGUGUUCCCAAGUAUAGUAAGGGAGAGGAGCCUCGGGAUUCAGCCAUAUUAAUUAAUGACCCUAUCCUAGCAAACAUGCAAAUGGAUGAGAAUAGGAUAUUGGAGAAGCUUUCGAUUAGGAAUGACCCAAUGUUGUUGGAGUGCGGUAUAGGAUUUCGGAAUGAACCUUCUUAUGGAAACUACUCACCCUCCUUCAACGAAAGCAACCUGGGGGAAGUGAAGCAUGACUUCAUUAAUUUUGAAUUAACAUUUUCACCACAGAAGGAGUUGUUCAAUGAGGUCCCAGCAAACACUGACCCAAAUUCUUUUUCCUAUGAACCAUCUAAUUCAGAGAAUGGGAAGACCAUGGUUGAAAUGGACAAAGAUUUCAACGAAUCUCUUGCUAAAGUUAGACCUCCUGAGAAAGAAAAGAAGGAGGUGGAGAAAGGGAAGGAGAAGGAUAUUGUGGAUGAAGUCACGACUCAUGAACCUAGUAUCCCGGGGAUUACGGUUGAUCAUGUUGUACAUGAAAUAGAGGAAGAUGAUAAUGAGAAGAUCGAUCCUCCCACUCUAAGGAGAGAGAAGGAGCUCUACAAAUUGGACAACUUGUUUCAGAAUAUGACUCACACAUACAAUGAAAGAAAUUACUACCAAAUUGGAGCAUUCAAAUUGCGGAGGCCCUUGCCCCUGGCGAGUUUCGAAAUCGCACUUUUCAUUUUUGACUUCAGUUUGUCUUUGACGUUUACUUUUUUUACAUUUUUCAACCCCGUAAUUUUCAGUGAGGUGUUGGUAGUAAAUCCAAUGGCAAAGUUGGAACGUUGGUACUUUAGGAGCCUUAGGCCUGAAGCUCAUGUGGGCAUGAAGAUUAUUGAUGCUUUUGCUCAUGUACUACGAUUUACACAUAAAGAGAAGUGUGACAAAAUGGAGGAUAUGAGAACUCUAAUUUUGCCCACCUUUCAUCCCAAUUUGGAAAGUGGUCAUGGUCGGAACUUUUGGGAGACAGGGGAUUUUGGUUUUCUUGGUGUACCUGUCGAUGUUACUUUGGUUCUAAAUAAUGCCGAAAAGAUCCUAGUGCCUAUGAAGGACAUCGAAUACAAUCACUGGAUACUGGCUGUAUUGGACAUUAAGAGUUCCUCUGCAUCGUAUUGGGACUCCAUGUCCACUGCACGCGCAAAAAGGCACAGGAUACAUAUGCUUAGCACACUGUAUAUGUACUAUUUAAUUCUUAUUACAGUUGAAGAAGCUUGA